AUGGUAGCCAUUGCCCAUAUCACAGUCACAGGCUCAGAAAGCUCUGACUCUCUUGACGAAAGCCAAGACGAAAUUCAACCAAACGAACUGCGAAGUAGAUUUAAAGAUGAAAAACCCGGCGGCGAGAGUUCCACCGAUAACACUGAUAUUGGCAGCCAAGCGCGAAAUGAUAAUGGCGAUCGCCAGAACCCUGAGGGUGACGAAGAUUUUGACUGGAAUCAAGAAGAUGACCCUAUGGAGGAUCAUGCAUACAAAAGAAAGAUGGUUAGCAAAGAUCGGCCGUUCACAUUUUUUCUAUAUGGAACAUACGGAAAAUGGUUCAAACGGUUUAUUGUAGUGUUCAUCGGUCUAGCACUAAUAGCUGUCACUGCGCUUCUCAAUGUUCUGUACGCUGGCAAGCAAAACGAUGUAUCCUUAAACCUAGAACUCUGGUUUACCUUUCUCUCCUUCAUAUACGUUAUGGCAAUUGUGGUGCAUUACUUUGUUGAAGCUAUCCCUGCCGUCAUCCAACGGUUUGUCAAAAGGAUGACGCCGACUACCUUGGAGAUAUUGAAGAUGCGGUUGGCUUAUUAUCAUUCUCUCAAAUCCUAUAUCAAAAUUCUCUUUGUGUCCGCCUGGGCAUGGGGUGCUUGGGCGUUUCUACUGCAAGUGCCUAAUGAUGACCGCAAUUACGGCUACACUUGGAUUGUCAAAUCAUUUCUUGAAGCUCUCUUCUUCGCAAGUGGCUUUUUAUUCCUGGAAAAAUUUAUAUUGCAAUUGAUAGUUACUGCAUUUCACAGAAAGGCUUAUUACGAACGAAUUGAAAAAAAUGACAAUGCACUUAAAGUGUUGGACAAACUGAAGAAAUCAAUUCGAAAGCGACCGGACUUUGACCUUCGAAAGCAUAAUAAGAAGAUUCGUGACGGUGAUCAAAACGAAAGGGACAAAGAUCAAAGCAGUGAUCAACAAGUUGAGCCAGAUACGACAUCGAAUGGUGGAAGCACUAAUUAUGAAGAAAAAGGAGAGGCUCAUCAUGAGGAACACGUUCAGCAUGAAAAUGAGCGUGAUUUAACAAAUCGUCAGGAAACCAAGGAUAAACACCGUCGACGAAGCUCAGCCUCAGGUAAUCACAAAUAUGAAGAAAUCGAACAUAGAGAAAGUGUUCAGCAGGAAGAAAGUCAAAAAAAGGACAAUCAAGGGCCUGUUCGGUUUUCAAAUAAAGACAGCGUCAAAAUUACAAUACAAUCCGACACCAAGCCAGAGGCGCAUACCGUGAAAAACUUCUUUAGCAAGAAGAUGAAGAAUCUGACACGUCGUCGUCCCACCCUAUCGACUCGUACUAGUUCAUUUGAUGGCAAAUCAUUUCUUGACUAUGGAACAACCAAUUUUAAAAAGUUAUUCAACAACAAGGCGAAAUCGAUGGCGUCCAUUUUACCAGGCACUCACAACUCACGGCAAGAAGCAAAAUGGCUAGCACGUGAAUUGUUCCACAAUAUGGUAGCUCCGGAAAAUGGCUAUCUUGUCAAAGGCGACUUUGUCGACUAUUUCACUACGUCUGAUGAAGCUGAAAAAGCUUUUGACUUGUUUGAUCGUGAUAAGAACGGCAAUAUCUCAAAACGCGAGUUACGAAAUGGAACUUUGGAGAUAUUCAAGGAAAGAAAGCAUUUAGCAGCAUCCCUUCGUGACCUAUCGCAGGCUUCGGGAAAACUGGAUAUCAUAUUGAUGUCUGCAUUUGCAGUUGUUUGGGCACUUAUUGUCGCAACUGCUUUCGGUGUCGACGUUGGCAGCCAACUACUGCCCCUAUGGACCAUGUUCGUGGCCAUCAGCUUCAUUUUUGGUAAUAGUGCCAAGGAUAUGUUCGAAAGUAUCAUAUUUGUUUUUGUCACGCACCCAUAUGACGUUGGUGAUCGUGUAUUUGUUGGCGCAGAGAACUGGACAGUGGUUGAAAUAGAUCUGUUGACUACGACGUUCAAAAAAUGGGAUGGAACGACGCUGUAUGCCCAUCAUACUGUUAUUGCUCCACAGUAUAUAUGCAAUCUUAGAAGAUCUGGUCCAAUGGCUGAAGUCAUUGAAUUUAACAUACACUUCUCUACGACCGCGGACAAAAUCUACCGCCUGAGAGAAUCUAUGCUUGCUUGGUACAAUGACAAGCCUCGAUCAUUUACACAUAACACCAUGUGCAUGAAUAUCAUGUCACUGGAAAACAUGAACAAAUUCACUUGCAUAUUUUACAUUGAACACUGCGCUUCCUGGCAAGAUAUGGGAUUCAGGUGGUCCAACCGAAACUCAUUCAUGAUGCAACUGAAGGCCACUCUGGAGGAUCUUGAAAUUGGUUACAGUCUUCCAACUCAACCGAUUGCGACAGGAAGUGACAUACCUAAAGAACUGCGAAAUUUUGGCAAAUACAACGACUAUGGCGCAAAAGGCUUUGUAAGAGAGCCGCUGCAUGACCAUGAUAAUAACAACAGUGAUACGAAAUAG